AGUCUCACAGCUUCAUGCCGGUUAAAGAAGCUGUUGAAAUCUACAAGGAUCAGGUUAAAUCAUCCAUACAAUCUCUGACAACAAAUAAAUCAGCCAUCCAGGAAAUGGAAGAGCAACAGAAGCAGAAGAUUUCCCAAGUGCGGGAGCAGUCACAAAGCCUCAAGUCUCACGUCACAUCUCAGUUUGCUGAACUGCACCAGAUUCUCGUGAAGAAAGAGCAGCGCAUUCUCGGGGAGAUCAAGGAGGAUGAGGAGAAGAUUCUAAGUCCAAUGGAAAAAAAUCUUCAAGACAUUCAAGAAAAUUUAAACACUAUUGAGGAGGAACUCUCAAAGCUGCAGGGACAAAUGGAACAAACAGACAUCGUGUUAUUUCUGAAGGACACGUUCACCCUGAAAACCUACAGCAAACCUGGAGACGGCAGCGUGCGCGGCAACGUGCGCGGUACAGAGGGAUCACAAGGGAUCAGCAGCUCCCAAUCAGUGAAAGCAGUUUCAAACCAGGAAGUGGCAGGAGUUAAAAUGGCUUCUAAAGAGCAGGUCGAGAAAUUAACAGAGGAGGCAAUUUGUCCCAUCUGCCUGGAUUUCUUCACCGAUCCUGUUAUCCUGGAGUGUGGUCACAACUUCUGCCGCUCCUGUAUCACACAGAGUUGGGACAGGGAGGAGAAAAACUCCUGCCCGGAAUGUAGAGAGGAGUUUGCUGACCGCACCCUCAAAGUUAAUCGGGCCUUGGCGAGAAUGUCUGAGAAAGCUCGAACACUGAGCCUGAAUACGGAAGAGAAGGAAAGUAAACUUCACUGCGAGGAACAUCAGGAAGAACUGAAGCUGUUUUGUGAAACUGACAAGAAACUGAUCUGCCUGGUUUGUCGAGAUGCGCGGGAACACAAGUCUCACAGCUUCAUACCGAUUAAAGAAGCUGUUGCAAUCUACAAGGAUCAGGUUAAAUCAUCCAUACAAUCUCUGACAACAAAUAAAUCAGCCAUCCAGGAAAUGGAAGAGCAACAGAAGCAGAAGAUUUCCCAAGUCCGGGAGCAGUCACAAAGCUUCAAGUCUCACGUCACAUCUCAGUUUGCUGAACUGCACCAGAUUCUCGUGAAGAAAGAGCAGCGCAUUCUCGGAGAGAUCAAGGAGGAUGAGGAGAAGAUUCUAAGUCCAAUGGAGAAAAAUCUUCAAGACAUUCAAGAGAAUUUAAACUCUAUUGAGGAGGAACUCUCAAAGCUGCAGGGGCGAAUGGAACAAACAGACAUCGUGUCAUUUUUGAAGGAGGAAGCUGGUCGCAAGAGGAGAAUUAGUGAUGAAUUCCAGACAUUGUCACUGAGAGAUGGUGCCAUACUGGAUGAAAAAUUCAAACACCUCUUCUGGUUGAACGCAGUGUUGAGAGAACUCCGUUGUUGCCAAUCAUCAAGUCUCCGUCACCCUGGAUGUGGAAACAGCGCAUGCGCUGCUCGA